AUGACACUUACACCAGAGCAGAAGUAUACGCUAAUUGUGCGCAGCCUGGAAGAGGUCUUGGGAGAUGAAAAAAUGCUUGGAAUUCUGAAAACAAGGGACUUGAAGGUUUACUGGGGGACUGCCCCCACUGGGAAAAUUCACAUAGGGUACUUUGUUCCCAUUGCAAAAAUUGCUGACUUUUUACGCGCAGGGUGCGAAGUGACUGUUUUAAUUGCAGACUUACACGCAGCUCUUGACAACAUGAAGGCUCCAAUGGACCUGAUUGAGAAAAGAGCAGAGUACUAUGAAAUGGCGAUUAAGGCCAUGCUAGUAAGUAUUCGUGCGCCGAUUGAGAAGAUUCGAUUUGUCAGAGGAACUGAGUACCAGUACAAUAAGCAGUAUGUUCUGGACAUGCACAAACUGUCCAUGGCUGUUUCUGUAAACGAUGCAAAAAGAGCAGGCUCAGAAGUAGUAAAGCAGACAGACAAUCCCCUGCUUAGUGGACUGGUCUACCCAGGGAUGCAGGCAAUUGAUGAAGAGCACCUAGGCGUAGAUGCACAAUUUGGAGGAAUAGAUCAAAGAAAAAUCUUUGUAUACGCAGAGGAAAUACAUUUAAUGAAUCAAAUGGUCCCCAGCCUGGCAGAUGGGAAAAUGAGCAGCAGUGAUGCACAGUCAAAGAUAGGCCUGGAGGACACUAAUGCACAGAUCAAGAAGAAAGUGCUUGCUGCAUUCUGUGAAGAAAAAAACACCAGCCACAAUCCAGUUCUUAUAUUCAUUAGUAAGUUUGUGUUUAACACAUUCCUUCUUAGCUCUACGCCGACCUUUACUAUUUUAAUCAAAAAAACAAAUGAAACCCGGGUAUACAACAGCUAUGAGGAGCUAGUCUUUGACUUUGGAGAGGGCUCUAUCCAUCCACUAGACCUUAAAGUUGCAUUAGUGGAAUAUUUAGUGGGAUUAAUUUCCCCAGUGCGAGAUGAGAUUCUCAAGCAUAAAGAUGUCAUAGACCAGGCAUACCCAGCAUCAGUUAAAGUUAAGUACGAAAAACCAAAGAAAGCAGGAAAGAAGCACCCAAAGGCAGAAGAGAACAAACCAGCAGAUAAACAAUAA